GUUCCGAUUCAGUUUUUGUGCGUCUCUUUGCAUAUUCAGCGUGUACUUCUAAACAAAAUUUCCAACGUUUUCAAAAUUCAGACUUUGUGCAGAAAAAAAUGUAUGCAACUUUAGGCUUUUUCUUGCUUAGCGUCGGCAGUAUUCACGGUGAAGUGUUGUGGUAUCAGAUGGAGCUGGAGGGUAAGCUGAACGAGCGCUUCUCCCCUUUUGGAGUGUGGUACGAGGACCUGCACUCCGCCAAAAGCCAGAAGGCCAUCGCCAAGAUCGAACAGGAGGUAACAGAGGCGGUAAUUUACCCCAACACUUCCACACACUGUCGAGUGGUAGAGUUCGUGGACAAGGGAUUCGGAGUGGACGCCGUCUUCGUUCGAUUCCUCCUCAAUAUCACUGGACCCCCUGGGGAGGAAGUAGGGGAAGGGGAGGGAGAGGGGGAGACAGAGAGUCGAAGCGUGAGUCGCUACAUCGCGUGGCAGGUCACAAACAAUCUCCUCCGUCAGUGUCCCGUCUUUCUCCGGUUGGAGGUCAUAGUCGAUGUGCCGCCUUCCAACGUGGAUAAGACGUGGAUGUUGCGGAAUGCAGUUCUGGUGGUGAUCUUCGCGGGUUGUUUCGUGGCUUUCCUCGUCUUCGUCACCACCUCUCAAGUCUGCGUCUCCUUCUGGCGGGAGAAAAAACAACGACUGGCCAAGAAGGUGAAGUUUGUGGAAGCCAAUCUGAAGGGCGACGACUGGUGACUCAUACAUGGUACGACAAACAUGAUAAUAUGAAAAACUCACAUGGAUUGAAAGAACAGUUUAACUCAUAAACUAUAGAAGAGUGAUUUGGGUUUACUUGAAGGAGGUAUUGAAAUUUUUAGCUGUGAAAUAUAGCAAGACUAACUAUGCAUU